AUGCAUAAACAACAGAACAGAGAUCCUAAACAUCAUCUUCUACAAGGCUUUCAUUCUCUAGUACGUGAUGAAACAAUCUUAGCGGCUGACAAUUGUUUAUUAUUAGACACCUCGUUGAAUGAAGCCAUUGAACAACUUGACCAACUGUUUGAUAAUAAAGCAAAAAUUGAUUUUUUACUGAAUGAAGGUGAAUUUCUCCCGGAAGAAAUGAAUUCAUACGCACAUUGGACAGUUGAAUGGUUUCAAAAACAUUUAGAGAUUUUAAAUGAAUUCGGUCAAAUACUUGUGAAAAAGAGUAGAACAUCAACAGUACAUAUGACAAUUGAAGAUAUUCUACCUGUGACACGUUUAUGGAAUGGUUAUUUACAGGACUAUCUGCCAAUGUAUCCGACUAGUGAUUAUGAUGUAGAUGGCGACGAAGAUGGUGACGUCGAUCGAAAGUCUUUCACAAGGAAACAUUUCUAUUGGGAUAUGUAUAUUGUAUUCAGAAAACCGAAUCAAUAUCAAAUUAGACCAUAUUAUAUGCCAUUAAAUGAUUAUCCCGUUACCUAUAUACCUAACUAUUUCUACAUAACUAUUCCACCAGUUAACAACAACGCUAUUACUAAUGAAAAAACUGGAUUGCCAUCAAGUGAAGUCUCCUCUGAAACAGCAACAGCAGCAGCAGCAACAACAACGGUACCAACAGCGAAAAGACAAGAUGUCAUUGAUCCGUAUGAAUUGUUUAGAUGCAGUGAAAAUUUCAAUUUUCAAAAUCAACCUGAUCGUUGGAAUUAUAUUUCAUCGGAAAAAAUUUCUCAAUCAUUAUUUUCAACUUUACUACCUGAAGUGUUAAAUCUAUCAGCAUGUGUAGAACCAGGACAAACUGGAUUAAAGGUAAUCAGCUGGAAAUGUUUAUUUGAUGAGGAUAAUGUAGAGAAGGCUAGUCAAGUUGGAUUUUUCCCUGUUGAGGUUGUUUUCGAUACAAACAGUCUGGGCAGUAAUCAUUUCUACUAUUCCCCUGAAUUAUGGAAAAGUCAACAAACUUUACGUGGUGGUGGUGGUGGUAUUGUGACGCGCAGAAUACAAAUUUCUAAAAGUGUACAUACUUUAACAACACCAAGCAUUGAUAUGAAAUCAGAAAAAACUGGUACUCUAUCCACCACGUUGUCCUCAAAUUUGCUAACAAUGAGAAUACGUUUUCAUCCAGUCUAUUCUCUGAAUGAUUUAAUGUCGAGUCAGACGAAGACGACGUCGACGAUGACAUCAACAUCAUCAUCAACAGCAAACAAUCGUUACGCAUCCGCAUAUUUAAAGCACAAUUUUUUAAAAUGUCUUAACACGUUUGAUAUAAAACAAAAUAAUUUCCCGCCUAAUCUUCCAUUAUGGAAAGUAUGUAGUUGCCUAACAGAAGAAUGUAUCCUGGAGAGAAUUGAUAAAGCUGAUCAUGGAAUACGUCGUAAAGCGGUAAGAAUUCUAGCCAAUCUUUAUAAAAUGAAUGAUCUCCAGAAAGGUACACAAUUGAUGAGCAUAUUCACUCUGAGAAAUAUGAUUCAAAUUUGUUUACAGACAUUCCUCGAGGAAAUAAAUCAAACAGUUCAAUAUCAGUAUGAGAAUUUAUUUCAGAGUCCAUCGAAGGUUGUUGUUGAACCAUGGCAAAAAUUAUCGCUGCCUAGAGUUAUUUACCAGUUAUUAUCAAAGUGUUUAGCUGUCUUGCAUGAAAAACAAUUGGCUUCAUUUACUAGUCCAGAAAGUGAUAUUUUAAAUGUGGAUAGCAUUUUAACAAAACAAAGCAUGAAUCAGUUAUAUUGUACAUUGAAUUCAUGGCUUCGUAGUCCAUUAGAAUUAAAGAAAUUUAUAUUGACUUUGAAUGAAAAUCUAUCAGAAUCUAUAGAAAAAUUUCAAAUGUUAUCUAUCUCUAGAGAAACAAAUUCUUUAAAGUGA